CAAUCCAAUAGCACCUCCAAGUCCCCAUACGCCUGGUGUACCAGCAGGACUGAGUUACUCCUGGCAAUACUGCAACACAAUGGCUUCCAGGGGCCAGGGCUCCUCUACUCUGCCCCCAAAGAGUAGCAGCUACAGAGAAGUAUCCAAAAUGCACAUGCUGAGUGGCAGAUUCUACAAAAACCAGCAGCCCAACGUGGAUGAUGUGGUCAUGGUGAAGGUUCUGGCCAUCUUUGAGCACGGUGCCUAUGUUAUGCUGUUGGAAUACAAUUGCAUUAAAGCUAUGAUCUAUCUGAAGGAGCUCUCCACCACGCGUAUCCACUCCAUCGGGAGAAUUCUCAGGGUGAGAAGGAAAGCGUGCCUCAGGGUUAUCAAAGUUGCUAAGGACACAGGAUAUAUUAAUUUGUCUAAAAGGAGUAUUACCCCAGAACAAGUAAAGAAAUGUGAAGAUAAGUACAAAAAAUCUGAAACGGUUUUCAGGAUUCUGUUCCGAGUGGCAAGGGUUCUGGGCUACACAGAGGAUAAGCAACUGGAGAGCCUAUGCAGAAGAACCGCAUGGGUGUUUGAUGACAGAUACAACUGUCCAGGAUAUGGAGCAUAUGCUGCAUUCAAACACUCUGUCUUUGACCCCUCUGUUCUUGAUGGUCUGACCUUAAAUGAAAGGGAAAGACGUGUUCUUACUAACACCAUAAAGCGCCGUCUGGUGCCACCAGUUGUGAAAAUCCAAGCGGAUGUUGAAGUGGCAUGCUACAGGUAUGAAGGCAUUGAUGCUGUGAAGGAUGCAUUGAGAGCAGGGCUGAGUUGUUCCACAGAGAACAUGCCAAUUAAGAUCAAUCAAAUCAAAGCAAUCAAAAUUGCUUCACCUUGUUAUGCAAUAACUACCACUACCCAGAGGAGAUGGGAAGGCACCUCUGCUUUAAACCAAGCAAUACAGGCCAUCAAGGCAAAGAUUGAGGAGAAAAGAGGUGUAUUUAAUGUCCAGAUGGAGCCUAAGGUAAUCGCGCCUACAGUUGAACUACAGCUUGCACAACUGUUCGAGCGACUACAGACAGAAAAUGCUAGAGGAUGAUGAAGAAAAUCACAACACUGAAGAAAUCAUUGGCGAAGCCUAGAAAAAACCAUAGGGAUCAUUUGUUAUGACCACUUCUGUAUAUGAAUCUGUGUCCGCCUUUCUUAUUGGGUAUUUCCAAUUUCCAAUGUGUUAAUAAAAAAGGAAUAACCAUACAUUUCCAACAAAAUUCCUAUGGUGAAGCCGUUUGGCUUAAAUGAAAAUAUAGAACUGAGGCCGUAUCUAAAUCAGUGUAUGCCUUUAUUUUUAGGUUAGAGUGUUUGAAAAAAAUCCCUUCAAUAUAAUCCAUUUUUAGUGUUUUGGAGGGAGGUAAGCGGUACAUCUAGGGUUGCCACCUUUUUUUCCAAAUAACACUGGCCUUCGGGUAAGGGGCGGGCUUGUUGGUGGCAAGUUUUGGUUGAAUAAAAACAAGAUUUCCUACCAAAUAAAGCCCCCUGUAAGCUGAUAGUUUGCAUAGAGGCUGCCUAAUAGCCAAUAUUAGCCCUUAUUUGGCACCUCCAUGAACUUUUAUGGUGCUUGUCUUUUUACAUUUGACUGUGGCUCACGAGUAAGAAAGGUUGGGGACCCCUGCCCUAUGGCAUCUUACAGCAGCCCCUCUGGCAGUCUACAAAUUGCUAUUCCAAGCCUGUUGUGAUGGGAUAUAAAGGACAAGAAGCUGAAGUUAAUAAUAAGUUGCCUGGUGAAGCUGGAGUAGUGAAACGUGUUGCAACAAGAAGUGCAACAAAAAGCUAUCUUGACACAUAUAAAAUGAUUUUGGAAGGAAUUUGUACUGUUUAUGAUUACUGAUUGCGAUACUGGCUACACAGAGGAACUAUUGCACGUUGCACUUUAGUCUCAUGAACUUUUUUAAUUACUGGCCUUUUUAUUGAUGGAUUAUAAAGCAAUUACUUAUUAAAGGACACAUGUGGUCAUAACAGCAA